AUGGACUAUCCAGAGAUGGCAAAGAUGGAUUUCUGCGAGGUAAUCAUCGAAUGUAUUAAGGAAGGAGCCAAGAUAUGGCAGAACCACAGAAAUUUGCCUCAGGAAGAAAAGAACAAAAAGCAUGUCAAUGGUUUGGCACAGGGACCAGUAAUCAUGUACCUCGACUCCCUGCUGCUGCCAACCGACAAAAAAGAAGUGCGGAAGAUUGCAAAGACAAUGGACAAGACCUCAUUACCACGAGCAAACCAUCUCAAAGAGAGUGACCUAGCGAAAAUAGCUAGAGCAGACAUGAAAAGGGACGGAAAAGCACGACCAUAUGACUAUGAAUUUGGCAAAAUACAGGAACGUACCAAUAGCACGCCAGGCCAAGAUGAACUCCAACAGCAGGAUGGUGUCAACAACCCCAAAAACACGAAUGAACGGAACAAACAAAGCAACUUCACAACAGACAAUGCUACAACAACAACUACCCCAACACAAGCACAACAUAUGAUCGACGUCGGAACCUGUGAAGAGGCUCAGCUGAAGAACAAUCAAGUCAGCAGCCCCGCCAACCAAAUGCAAGAGGCUAACCCACAAUCAACCGUAUCACAAGCACUGCAAGACCAAGAGACAACCCGUGUUGAAAUUGAACCCCAUAGUGCACCUCAAACAGACGAAGGCGUCACAGAACAGGAACUUUGUGUACAAGAUAUUUCCAGUGCCACAACAUUGCAGAUCACCAUCACGAGUACAAAGGAGAAAGCCCAAGACAUCCCAGCCGAUGAGAAACAAGAGACUGUUAUACCUGACAAAGAAACAGUCGAUGCAGGCACGAAUAACCCAGUCAUCAACACAAAUGAAACAAAUGAGUACACUGAUCUCGAAGAUCAAGAACUUCAAACAACAACAUCUAAAGAGGAAGAGGAAGCAAGCAAAAGCACUAGCAUAGACAUUCAACAAGAAAAACAAGAGGACAACACGAGACAAGGAGAAGCCGUAGUUCCAGCAGUAGACAGUCCUGCAACUCCAGAGAUAGAGCUGCAAGAAAAAAAGGUCAGUGACGAUGAAAAGCAAAAUAAAGAGCAAGAGAAGGACCCAAAACCACCACUGAACGAAGAAUCAGCAGUAACAACAACAAAUACAGAGAGAGAGGAGACCAAUGAGCAAAAGGAGGACACUGAAGAAGGGCAACAUGUUCUUCAAAAGGCAGUCAUCAACGUAACAGAAGACCAAGCCCCAAAAUAUUCACUCACCGAAAAACACGCAGCAGAGACGGCAGCAGCAACAACGACUGAAAAGCUACAAGACAAAGACGACGGCAGCGGCGAUGAACUACAAAAGAAAGAAGAAGAAGAAGAAGAAGAUGCCCAAAAACCUCCACUCAAUGAAGAACAAGCACAACAUUCAGCAGCAGCAACGAGAACAGUAGGAGAGACAACAGAAGCAGCAACGAUUGAGGAGAAACACGAAGAAGGCGACCAUGGAGAUACAAGCAAUGAAGCAGGUACACACAUUGUUCCAGAGAAAGAAGCAGAAACCAUCGAAGAAAACCCUACACCGUCAUAUGAUGCCAAUUCCCCUGGCAGAGAGGUCAGUGCCAACCAGGUUGAGACUGAAAAAAAGACGGAAAAGACCACCAGCAAGACACGACGGUUGACAAGGAAAAACAUGAUGCUAAGAAAGACACAGACAACUCAAAUGAGGAUGGAGCAAAAACUGAACAAAAGGGUACAAUGCAAAAAGAAGAACAUAACAUGCCACAAGAAGCAGAAGGAGAACAAGAAAGGAACAACACUGGACAGGACAUAUCUUCUAGCACCGAAGCAGGCAAGACAAUAG